ACCUCGUGAGGGAGGGGUGGUGCUCGGAUGCAGCCUCACUGAAGGCAGUCUGGCCUGGGGCCACUCUGAGCCCUUUGCGAUGCUGAGGGGUGGUCUUUGUGCUGGAUGUGGGUUUUCCGUGGUGGUGUCAUGAUCUACAUCGAUCGAAUUGAAGUGGUGAACGUCUUGGCGCCGCAUGCAGCCUACGACAUCGUGAGGAACUUCACUGCCGACUAUGACAAGGCUCUCAUCUUUAACAAGAUCCACCAUGAGCUGAACCAGUUCUGCAGUGCCCACACUCUCCAGGAAGUGUACAUUGAGCUCUUUGACCAGAUUGACGACCACCUGAAGACGGCACUGCAGCGGGACUUGAACGCCCUGGCGCCAGGGAUCACCAUCCAGGCCGUGCGUGUGACAAAGCCCAAAAUCCCCGAAGCCAUCCGGAGGGAUUUUGAACUUGUGGAAACAGAAAAGACCAAACUCUUGAUAGCAGCCGAGAAGCAGAAAGUCGUGGAGAAGGAGGCGGAGACGGAGAGGAGGAAGGCGCUCAUAGAAGCCGAGAAGGUGGCUGAGGUGGCCAAGAUUCGAUACCGGCAGAAGGUCAUGGAGACGUUAAUAGGCAAGCGGAUUUUGGAGCUAGAAGAUGCUGCUUUUGUAGCCAGAGAGAAGGCAAAGGCAGAUGCCAAGUACUACGCUGCUCAGAAAGCAGCCAUUUCAAACAAGGUGAAACUCACCCCAGCCUACCUGGAGCUGGUCAGGUGCCAGGCUGUCGCAACCAACACCAAGCUGUACUUUGGAAACAGCCUCCCCCCCGGCUUGUUCCUGGGUUCCUGUGCCUUCAACUGCGUGGCCGCAAGCACUGCUGGAGACGCCCGGCUCAUCUCCAGAACUGGGGGGCCCCCCCUCAGGCACGGAGAUGGCAGCACCAUGUGAUGCUCCGGCGAGGCCGGGGCAACGGAGGCAUUGUGGUCGUGGCGCUGCGUGGCCUCCGCAGUCGUAACUCAUAACUGGUCUGGGGCCUGGAUCCUCGUCCUCCAAUCUGCCUUAUCCGGGAAUGUCGUCGUUAUCCUAGAGAAGACAAAUGCUUUCUGUGGCCUAAAUCUGGGGUGGUCCUCUGCAGGCCAUACCUGAG